UGAAUAACUCUAAUCGGAUAACAUCAGGUCUGGGAGGAUUGAAAGCCAUUCCCGCUUUACGGUGAGUUAGGGUUUUGAGAUUAUGGCUUCCCUCUGCUCCCAUCUUUAUCCUCCGUUUCCCUCUCUGGUUCUUCCUCGCCAAAAUACGGUUUCCAGUUGCUUUUUCAUCAACAGGGUAAAAUUCAAUCUGAAAAAGGUGUCGACAACGAGAAGAAUAACUUGCAAGAAGGCGAGUUCAAGGGGCCCUGAUAAUGAUAGGGUUGUGAGAAGUAAGAUCGAGAAAACUGUGGCAAAGCAGGGAGACAAAAAAUUUGUUCAUGAAGGUUUAAUUACUGAAUCACUUCCCAAUGGUAUGUUUCGAGUUCUUUUAGACAAUCAAGAUUUAAUUCUAGGUUAUCUUUCUGGAAAGAUACGAAAAAAUUUCGUACGAGUAUUGCCUGGAGACAGAGUUAGAGUUGAAUUGAGUCCUUAUGAUUCAACCAAGGGACGUAUAGUUUAUAGGCUUCGUAACAAGGAUGCAAGUGGAUAGUAGGCAAGAUUUUCCAAGAAAUUUAUGCUCUGACAAUCAGUCACUAGGAUUCGAUGUGAGGAACCUCCAACUAUUAAAACAGGGCCCUAUUCAGUGUAAGAGAACGAAAAAACAAUUUGUUGUCUUUUGAGAAACUCCUCAAGCGAUUGAUAAAUUGGUUCAUCAUGCAAAACUACAAACCUGAUGAUGAUUGGAGGAACAAUAUGGCAGUUAGUUUAGCUGGUGAGUUUCUUGGUGGCAUGGCAAAGAUUCGGACAAGUCUUGGCUUCUCUAGGAGCUUGGGGAACUUCGAGAUUGGUGAGAACUAAUCUUGUUUUGUAGCCAUACUUUUGAAAGUUAUAUUAUCCUUCUUUGAAUAGUUUUGAUAAAUGUAUUUCUUUACUUGAAUUGAAAUGUAUCUAUUUUUCUAAUUGUUGAAUUUCCAUGUACAAUUUACGUACUUAAAGUAACUUUACUGCACAUGGAUGUGCUUUUCAACCUUGAUUUGGGUUCUCUUACUGA